GUCGACCGACACAUGAUCGGCACCCCCGACACAGGGGACGCAGGUUGCUGUUCUAGCCUCUAGCAGGCAAUCAUGGCGAUUAAGGCCUGUAUAGUAGCAGGCUUGGCGGUGGUGCAAUGGACUCCAGCACAGGCAUUCGGAGCAGUUUCUCACGUCAGCUCUGCGCUACGACCGUCGUCAUGUCGGGCAAUGGCCGACCGCACGAGUCACAACAACAAGCGGAGCGUCUCUAGACGACCGAGGGCUGUCACCAUGGCCAGCGACGAGGUCGAGCAACGCUCCCCGGUGGCCGGGAGCCUUAUCCGAGCACUAACGGGGCCCUAUGUUUCGCUCGGAGUUGGCGUUGGCAUUCUGUUGGCCGUUCUGGCCAAUCGAAUCGCCACUCCGGAGCUGGUCGACUCACAAGCUCGCACGGAUAUCCUCGGGGUGAUCGCGAGCGGGGGAUUGGUCACGAACGGCGUUUACCUCUUGGAUUUGAAGGUGAAGGAGGCGGAAGAAGUGACGCUGGUGGGCACGUUCGUGCAGGAGUACGCCGACGAUCUCGCUCCCGGCGCUAGGCGAGAUUUGCAGUGGCUUGGCGAGUCUUUGUUGUUGGUGUCGCCUGCAACAUCAAUGCUGGUUUACCAGGAUGGGAAGACGCUUGCGCGGGUUGGGGUGAUGGGAGAGUCUGCCGACAUCCGGGACGCUCCUAUUCUUAGAAAAUGCAUUAGUGAAGGACGCGAUGGGCGGGAACAGUACUUGGCCGCUCUUCAGACUCUCCCGGGAAAGGUCGAGUUCGACUAUCUCCCGGAGAAUUGCCAGGCAGUGCUAAUGCUGCCCGUUCUGGAGGGGUCGGCAGUCGUCGUGGUAGGAACGAACCGGGCGCGCGCGUUCACGCCCAAGGACAUCGUGUGGAUGAAGGGGCUUUGCAACCAAGCGGCAUUGUCACUGCGGGAGGCGGUGGUGGCUUGAGUUUUGUAGAUGUGCUCCAAGCGUAGAAUUGUUGUGGACGAGUAUGAUUUGUUUCGGCGUGCAAUCCCUCUGCUCUUGUGUACAUACACGGCCGCUGUUGGAGUUAGAGUUGGAUCGGCGUACUCUAGGAUUUGAACAGCGGAUUCAAGAGUUUUGUGAUGUUUGUUUCGUGGCUACGGUACUGCUGUUUUGAAAGAGGCGUCAAGACUCAUUGAGCCGACAGAAGCACGUGCUAGAAAGACUG